AUGCUGUUUCGGUCAGGCGCACCUGCGCUGAGAGCCAUCUCCCGAGCGUCCGGCUCAUCCUCCACACUACCCCGAUCCCUCCCUCGCUCACUCCACUUCUCUUCCCCACCUCAAGCUCCUAAUCCGUCCUCCCGGUCAGAAUCAGCCUGGGCGGCAGCAACGGAAUCCGCCCACUCGGUCCUCACUCCCCCUCCCUCCUCAGCGGCACGGCAUGACCCCCUCGCAGCCAUCCACGCCGAAAUAGGGUCGCUCAAAGACUCGCUCUUUCAGCUCCUGGGAUCAUCACAUCCUGCCCUGGACACAAUAGCGAAAUACUACUUUCACGCCGAGGGGAAACAUCUACGGCCACUCAUUGUCCUGCUCAUGAGUCAAGCGACAAAUGGGCUGGCCGGGCCAGGAUGGACGAGGGCAAGAGAAGAGGCAUUGGCGCAGUCGGUGGAUGAUAGUCUGACGGUGGAAGGCGGGGUGCUGAACGACUGGAACCCCGAGGUGUCAGGAAGGGAAAGCGGAGCCGUGACUUUCGGAGAACCCUUCAGAAUACCCAACCUCGCGCCCCUCCCCCCUCGCCUCAAACCUACCCUCCAAUCCCUCCAAACAUCCCUCGACGACGGCUCUCCCCAGAUCCUCCCUACACAACGGCGCCUCGCAAGCAUCACGGAGAUGAUCCACGUCGCUUCAUUACUGCACGACGAUGUGAUCGAUACAUCACCAUUACGGCGCGGUCAGCCGUCUGCGCCGAACGAGUUCGGCAACAAGCUCUCAAUCCUCUCGGGAGACUUCCUGCUUGGCCGGGCAUCGGUGGCGCUGGCGAGGCUGGGGUCGAGGGAAGUAGUGGAACUGCUGGCGACGGUGAUUGCGAAUCUGGUGGAGGGGGAGGUGAUGCAGCUCAGGGCGACAAGCGAGCCCGAGCGGAUACCCACCAAGAAGGGGUUCGAGGACUAUAUGCGCAAGACAUACCUCAAGACGGCGAGUCUGAUGGCGAAGAGCGCGAGGGCGGCGGUCAUAUUAGGUGGGAGUGGGCGGGGGGAGGCCGAGUGGGUCAAGGAGGUGGCAUAUGGGUAUGGAAGGAAUCUGGGGAUUGCAUUCCAACUCGUUGACGAUGCGCUCGACUUCCUCCCCCCAGAUCUUUCCCUCGGCAAGCCAGGAGAAGGCGCCGAUCUCAAGCUAGGUCUCGCAACCGCGCCCGCCCUGUUCGCAUGGGAAGAACACCCCGAGUUAGGUCCGCUCAUCCUCCGGAAAUUUUCAGAAUCAGGCGAUGUCAAGAUGGCGCGAGAUAUAGUAGGGAGGAGUAAAGGACUGGAAAGAACGAUGGAUCUAGCGAGAAAGUUUGCCGGCGAGGCGAGGGGGAUGGCGGAGCGUUUACCGGAGAGCGAGGCGAGGGGCGCAUUGGUGGGAUUGACGGAGAAGGUGGUAGAUCGGGUAAAGUAG